CCACGGAGCCAACAGUGCGCGAACCGCCAGCACGCGACGCGGUUGCUCCGACGCGACACCUUCUGCGCUCAUCGUCGCUACGGAUUGCCUACGGUUAGGUUCUAAUACGCUUCUGCACGCCAUUCUGUCUUACGUCUUUCGUAUUCAUUCAACUUUCACUUUUCUUCCACCAAAUUUCAAGAAGACAUCUGAUACGACUAUUUUCGAAAAACAGCGCAGACAGAAGCAAGAGACAGAAGAUACGAAUGACUUGUGUUACGCUUGCAACUGGUUGUCCGUACGCCCUUGUAUUUCUGCAACCCAUUGUUUCUUUUUUAUAAUAGAGAGUUCGUCGUCGUUUGCAGCGUUAUCGUAUAAACAUAAUAGAUCAUAAGUAAAUAACACAAAGACCGAAUGCCCGGAUAUAUCCCGGAGCAAGCGAGUAACCAGAUUAUACGGCGCUCGUUACCCAUGAACAAAAUGUCAUCAUGAGCUAUCGUUGUUUCACAGUGCAACGCGAGAACGCACAGUGAACAAACGCGUAAAACGUAUUUACAAAGUACACUUCUGCGAUGAAAGAAAAAACUCGAUGACAGAAGCAAACAAGGUGAAAAAAAGAGACUAAUCGAGAUAUCUUCCUAAUGGGAACUUGUUUGAAAAUUCGGGAAAAGUGCAGGUAUUUUCGAAGGACAAAGGAUACAAAAAAAUGUCGAUGAAAGAAUCAAUUUACGGGUCACGGUUCGAGUAAAAACUUGGUGGAAAGGAAGCAAACGGCAAUAACUGCCUGUACAAAAACUGUAUAACAAUUAUUAGUUGUUGCAAGUAUCAUCUUAAAAGUGACACGUUUAUCGAAGAAAAUUCAAACAGAUUGGCUCGAGUGUUAUAAAGUUCAAAAGAAAGGGAAGAAACACCUACGCAAAGAUAUUCGAAGAAAAUCAAUGUGGACGAUUUCUUCAAAUUCAUUUCCAAGAAAAAUGCGACGUUUGAAGCAAUAUUACGUGAUUUUACGAUGAGGACAAGCCGACAAAGCGCCCUGAGUCGUCGAAACAGCGACGGCGACUGAUUAUGACGCGCGUCCAUACGCGCCGCGAUUUCUCUCGUCUCCUCCUGCCAUUCUCAUCCUCUGAGACCUUUCACCUUUCUUGCAACCUAAUCCUUCUCCUUCUCGGUCUCGCCUCUGUUCGUAGCGAACUGCCGUGCAAUGAAAAGGCGAGGUCUCAAAGUCAUGAUCUUACAUCGUUUCCUUACCUCGUCGACACCGCGGGUAGGAAAUAUUCUCGAAGAGUUCCCGACGAUCCUCGGGAAUGGAUACAGCAUGGAUUGAACGAGUACAAAAUUUCCGAUUCAUCGGAUCAACCCGACGGGACAGGAAUUCACGUCGAUCGAAUCUCACGAAGACGAACGAGUGCGUUAAAACGAGUUAACCACGUGAGGAACAAGUUCAUCGCGUCAUUCGGUAAAGAUAAUCGUGCGUAUUUGCGCAACGACUCGCGAUUCGCUACGAUCGCGGCUGAUAUUGUGAACGGUUACUACGGCGAGUCUCGCAGGCGACACCAGAAGCGGAAGUUUCGACGGGAAAAUGAUAUACUACUAGCCAAUAUCGAUGACCAAAUCGGUGGUACGACUUUGAUGAACGGUGUAAGUUAUCGCGAUGAAAAACAUAUUGAGUUCAGAAUGAAAAGGAACUUCGACCGGAAGCAUAAAUUGGAGAGGAAAAUGAGAAUGAACCUUCUUGGAUUAGAAGAAUCGUUUCACGAUUGCAAAGAAUACGGCGAGGAAUUUACGGAGAACGACGACUCGAGAUCUAUCAGAAGAAAUAGGUCUGAUAAAGUCGCGGAUAAUUCCGAAGCGAAAAGAAACAAUGGGACCGAGAAUCCAGUUCAUUCGAUGAAAGUAAAUGGCAAUCUGUCACCGACUUCGAACGAGAGCAGCGAGGAGCCUUUUACGGGUUUCGAGGGCUCGCAGAAAUUUCCUAUAAAAGUCACGUACAAGCCGCCUAUAGCAACUCAAGUCGAAAAGUUUGAUAGAAGGCACUUUGGUCCGCCUAAAAUGGAUAUUCCCGAAACCACAAUCGCGUCAUAUCCGUCGACCAUGCCACCGGAUCUACCAAAAAGUCCCAGCAGAGACGUCCUUCACCGACAUCGUAAAGUCGAUGAGAAUACAGAGGAGGAACGAAGACAGGAGGCGGCCAUCGAAGGGCAUGAGAAAGCCGACGACAUCACGGAUGAUCUUUGGCUGCCCGGCGCAUCGUCUGGUCGACGAUCCUCCAAUAUAGCCAGCGGAAAGUCUUUCCCAGAAGAAAAGCAUGUCUCUGCGUCUUCGACGUUUUCUCCAAUGUUGACAUCUCCUAGUGAUAAGUAUUCGGUGAACGAGUCGCCUAUUGACCAAGGCACAGAAGAAAUUGAAGAAUCCAGUGUUACAGUGCCGAACGUGAAAUCGUCCGAAAAGAUAAACAUAACUAUCCUAGGUUUAUUCGAGAUGACACGAGGUUCUGAACCUAGACCGGAAGGAACUAGCGAGUUACAAGCAGCCAGAUUAGCCGUUGAACGUGUCAACGAAUUGAAUGUCUUAUCCAAGUUUCGUCUGCGUCUUAUUCACAACGAUACCAAGUGCGACUCCGGGGUGGCGGUUGAUAGAUUCUUCCAUGCUCUCUACUCGGCAAAGAAGAACGAUCUAAUACCGUUGUUACUGGGCACUGCCUGCUCCGAGGUCACGGAAACAUUAGCCAAAAUCGUACCUUACUGGAACGUGAUACAAGUCUCCUUUGGAUCCACCGCACCUGCCCUCUCGGAUUCCACCGAAUUUCCGCUUUUCCUACGAACCGUAGCGCCGGAUUCAAGUCACAACUCUGCCAGGAUAGCACUCAUCAAACAUUUUGGGUGGGACACUGUUACCGCUCUCUCGCAAACUGGUGACAUGUAUUCUCUGGCUGUGAACGAUCUAGUCACGGAAUUGGAGCAAGCGAAUAUUACGUGCACCGCUACUAUCACCUUCGCAGAAAACGAUUACAAGGAACAGCUGCAAACUUUAAAAGAGUUGGACACACGAAUCAUCAUCGGGAGUUUUUCACCACAACUGGCGCCACGCGUUUUCUGCGAGGCUUGGAAGUUGGGUAUGCACGGAGGGGACUACGCAUGGAUUCUGCCAGGUGACACGAUCGACUUAUCGAAGAGGACGGCUAAUUCGUUGCACUCGGAACCAGAAGAAUGUACGCCCUCGCAGCUCUCUCAAACUCAGAAUGGUUUGAUCAUCGUCGAGAGUCAUGGCGCUGCCUUAGAAAACGAAAUAAGUUCGUCGGGUCUGACGAGUAACAAUUUCACUUUGGAAUUGAGAAAAAGAAGCGCGACAGACUCGAAGUUCGAAGGACAGACCUACGACGCCGUCUGGGCUAUGGCACUUGCUUUGGAAAAGACCGAAAACAUCUUAAAUAAGGACAACAUUAGCGUAGUGCAAUAUACACAUGCUAGAAAGGACAUUGCGUUGCGACUACUGGAACAACUGAAACUUUUGCGUUUUAACGGAGUUUCGGGACCGGUAUCGUUCGAUGGAGCCGAUCGAGUGGGUAUCACAGCGUUCUCUCAGAUAUACGGCAACGAUUUCAGAAGAAUAGCGAUCUUCAGUCCAGAAGAUGGAAAGCUAAUAAUGAAUUGCUCAGGAUGCGCAAUGACAAAAUGGCCGGAUGGUCGUCCCCCCGUGGCUCGAAGGGUUUUCCGGUUGAGAGUGGUAACAGUAGCACCUGCAGCUUUUCUAGCAGUUACUUGUCUCGCUAGCGUUGGUGUCACUUUAGCGUUUGCUUUCUUGGCGUUCAAUUUACAUUUUCGUAAACACAAGAGCAUAAAACUCUCGAGUCCUAGACUGAAUAAUAUGGCUGCCGUCGGCUGUGGUUUAGUCUACGGUGCGGUCAUACUUUUGGGCUUGGAUCACGCUACGCUACCGGAUAGCAACGACUACUAUCCUACAGUGUGCACAGCGAGAGUGUAUUUGUUGUCUGCUGGCUUUUCCUUGGCAUUUGGUUCGAUGUUUACCAAGACCUAUCGCGUUCAUCGGAUUUUCACUAGAAGCAGAAGCGGCGUUGUCAAGAACAAGUUACUUCAGGAUACUCAGCUUAUAAGCUUGAUCUGCGUUCUGCUACUGAUAGACGGCCUCGUGGUAACCUUGUGGGUAACUUUUGACCCCAUGCAACGCCAUCUCAGAAACCUAACUCUGGAAAUUAGCCCACAGGAUAGAAGCGUAGUCUAUCAACCUCAGGUAGAGGUGUGCCGUUCUCAACAUACGAACAGCUGGUUGGGCGCACUUUACAUAUAUAAAGGUCUAUUGCUAAUCGUCGGUGUAUAUAUGGCUUGGGAAACGAGACACGUGAAAAUACCUGCUUUAAACGACUCGCAAUACAUCGGCAUGAGUGUUUACUUCGUGGUGAUCACUUCGGGGAUUGUGGUAGUGCUGGCAAAUUUGAUGUCCGACCGCGCAACAUUGGCCUUCGUUACGAUUACCGCUUUAAUCUUGGCUUCAACGACCGCAACGCUGGCGUUGCUGUUUCUUCCGCAGUUAACAAAUAUCUUGGCUGGCGAAAGAGCCGACCCCGUUGUCCAGAGUCUCGGCCUGAAGAUCGAAUGCAAUACAAGGAGAUUCGUGACCGAUGAUAGAACCGAACUUCAAUACCGCGUGGAAGUACAGAAUCGCGUGUAUCGUCGUGAAAUGGCGCAGCUGGAACUGGAAUUGGCCAGAUUGGAGAAACAAUUGGCACAGGAACCGGUUGAACCAUCGCACGCUUCGUCGAGCGCAUCGAUUCCACAACGCAAUCCCAGCAUCGGGGGUGGUCUGCCUUUGUUAUUGCUCAGCGUCCUCCCACCGGUCAUCCCUAGGGCUAGCUGGCCGUCCGCUGAUUCGUCCGGAAUACGCCGCGGUACUGUAGCGUUUAGCAGCCAACCGGAUUUGGAACCGGACGGCACACGAAGAAGUCUAGCAGAUAUUUACAAACUUCACCGACGAAGAGAGACGGAAGGACCGAAUCGUUUGGGUGUUUUUCAGCGACUCUUCAGUCUUUUCGGCAGUCGCCCUACCAGCAGGAAAACUUCGACCGCCUCGUUUACGGGAGUAGCAUCAGCACUACGGGUUCACAUGGGCUACAUUGCCGGUUUGGUACCAGGCACGAAAGCAGCAUCUACGUGUCAAGUUAAUGCCCAAGGCAGUCGUUCGCCUCAUCCUCGAUGUGGCUCAGGACCAAUAAUUAGUAUUACUAGCGAAGAAGAUCGCAGAUUAAGCCUAGGGCUACAUCGUAAAGAGUACAGCGAGCCCAGAGUCAAUUUUAGUCUACCACCCAAAGCAAGUACCAGUCAAACAUCGUCACGAGAAAAAAUUCGGGGAUCUCCGCGAUUUCCACAUCGGAUAGUGCCGACAAACAGUUUAAAUACGAUUGCUCCAGGAUCCUCGAUCUCGAAAUCCCACCGAUGGCAUUCCAUGGAAGACGCGAGAAAAACUAAGGUCUCUCAAUUCCCUCGUGGCUCAUCGUGUAGCCCUAGCUGCGAUGUAUGGGCCACUCGUGAAUUGGGAAUUCCAUUAAGCGAACUGGGAAACACUACUCGAGGCAAGAAAACAUCGGAAUCAUUAACCUUAACCAUUAUGGCGGAGUCGAAUGUAAAUUCUGAUGACGCAAAGCUCGGCAACAAUUUAAAAAAGCUCUUCGAAGAAAAUGAUAUGCAGAAUAACGUUAGUCCUGCCGACUCGGAGCUGAAAAUCACCCGAUCCAUUUCCUCAUCGUCUUCGUCACCAACAAACACUAGGACAUCGAGUGCCACAUAUGGUAUGUCUUCUUCUAGAAAAGAAUCCAGUUCCGAAUCUGCCCAACUAGAUACAAGUACAAACUUUAUUCAAAAAUCAGAGUGUUCUCGACCCUCGAGUCCAACAACUCGCGCGACCAAUUUGAAUAUCCCUGCAGAGAUGGAUAGUCAUAUGAACGCAUCGUACGAAAAUGGAAAAUCAACUGCCUCGUAGAUUAAAACAAUAAGAUGUGGGAAAAAAAAACGAUUUCCUGUUGCAAUAUUCUUCCUUCCUGUACUAAUUGUCUGCUGAAACAUAUGUUCUUAAUCGAGAGAGAAAAAUCUACUCUCACUACUGUUUAUGAUUGAUAAAAGAUGAAGGAUCAUCGGCAAAUUUCCGAAGAACACGACACUUGAAAAUACCGCUGGCUCCUUCUUUUUAUAUUUUUAAUUAUAUUUAUUUUAUUCUUCGAUUAAAAAAUAAAACAUUAUAAAAAUGCAAUUGUAUACGCGACAAUCUUCAGUAUUCGUAUUCAUGAAAAAUCAAGCUCAAAUUGAUUACACAAAAACUUAGUGCGAGGGUCAAGAGAACCAAUCACUGUUUAAAUUUAUCGUGUGUGUUCCUUAGUAAUUGUGCCAAAGAUAAAACUAUGGGGCCCGUAAAAGUAUACAGCUGACCGACUUUAUGAAUUAUCACUUUAUGGAGGGACCAAAAUAUAAUAAUAAUCUUUUCUUCGUUGUUCAAAAUUAUUUCUAAUCGAUGUUUAAUUGUUGGAAGUUCAUAAUAUUUAUCGAUGCGUUCAAUAAUAAAUAUAAUAAUUCUAAUUAUAUUUUAAUUGCUUCAUUAUCGUUUCGUAAAACUAGACGACUCAAAUUAUGUAAAGUCACAGAGGGCAUGCUGAAAAUACUCUUACAGAUCCAACGUCAAAGUGUUCAGAACCCAACCCUUCCUGAAGUACCUGCACUCGAUGUAACACAAAAAUAUCUCUUCGUAAUACAGAAUCAUAAAAACAAAUAUAUUGGUUUCUUCUGUAAAUCUUCAAGUGUGAUGUACUGAUAUUUUAACAUUAAUACGCGUAAAGAGUACAUGUUAUAUAAAUAAAUAUAUAUACAUAUAGAUAAAAAGAAAACAAGUGGGAAUAUUCCCCACGUUUCGUACCUCGAGUAUCUCGUAUGUGUCAAUCACUGAAUUAUUAACUUAAUACUAAGCAAUAAUCUUUGUCGGUGCAAUUAAAAAUGGUGUAAUAAAGACAUACAUAUAUAUUCUACCUA